GUGUCGUCGACGGCCAUCGCGAACUCGACGGCGGUGCGCCAGCCGCUCAAUCGCGUCCGCGAGCAGAUGACCGCACUCUUCCGCAAGAAGGCGUUCGUCCACAACUACACGGGCGAGGGCAUGGACGAGAUGGAGUUCUGUGAGGCCGAGUCCAACGUGAACGACCUCGUCCAGGAGUACCGCCAGUACGAGGACGCCGAGGCG